UUUUUGGAGAGGUUCAGGGUGGUCCAACAUGCAUUCAUGAAAUGUUGCCAUCCUCCUUGAGUGGGGGGGGGUGAGACUUGUGGUAUAUAAACUCCCACUCUGAGUCUGCUCCCUUUACUCUGGGUCUGAAGGGGCUUGCUAAGAAAUCAAGGAUGAAGCUCCUUUUCGUAGCUGCCUUUGCACUCUUUGUGUUCUCCACAUUUGACAAGGCUGAGUCUUCAGCUUAUGACAAAAUAGUCACCCACAGUCGCAUCAGGGCAAGAAAAGAAGGACCCAAUGUCUGCACGCUCCAGCAGGUCAUGGGGACCAAGAAGAAGUAUUUUAGCACUUGUCGUAACUGGUACCAAGGGGCCAUCUGUGGAAAGAAAGCGACUGUGCUUUAUGAGUGCUGCCCUGGGUACAUGAAGCUGGAAGGCAUGCGUGGUUGUCCUGCAGUGGCCCCUAUUGAUCAUGUGUAUGGCACUUUGGGUCUGGUGAAGGCCACCUCAACCCAAAAAUACUCAGACGUUUCUAAGCUAAGGCCUGAGAUUGAGGGACCUGGAUCCUUCACCUUCUUUGCCCCCAGCAACGAGGCCUGGGAGCUUUUGGAUGAAGAGUCCAGGAGUGCACUGGUCAGCAAUGUCAACAUUGAACUGUACAACGCUCUGCAUUAUCACAUGGCCAACAAACGCCUCUUGACCAAAGAUUUAAAGAAUGGAAUGACAGUCACCUCCAUGUACAAUGACCUGGGUCUCCAAAUCAACCAUUACUCCAAUGGGGUGGUGACUGUGAACUGCGCCAGGAUUAUCUAUGGCAACCAGGUUUCCACCAAUGGAGUUGUGCAUGUCAUUGACCGUGUUAUCAGCGCUGUUGGAAACACAAUCCAGGAUGUCAUUGAGGUUGACGAUGACCUGACAACUCUGAGUGAUGUUGCUCAAACCGCUGGAUUCUUGGAGAAGCUGGGUCAGCCAGGGCAUUACACUCUUUUUGCCCCCACCAACGAAGCCUUUGAGAGUCUGGGCAGCGAAGUGUUGGAGAGACUUCAGGGCGACAAGGAGGUCCUCAAAGCUCUCCUGAAUUUCCACCUUCUGGACUCAGUCCACUGCUCUGAGUCCAUCAUGUCCGGCACCUCUUAUGAGACCCUGGAGGGCAACAACAUUGAGAUCGGCUGUGAUGGCGAAAGUUUAACAGUCAACGGCAUCAAGAUGGUGCGCAAGAAGGACAUUGUCACCACCAACGGUGUUAUCCACCUUAUUGACCAAGUGCUGAUGCCAGACUCAGCUAAGCAGGUGAUGGAACUGGUGGGAGGUUCCCAGUCAACCUUUGGUGACAUGGUGUCCGAGCUGGGCCUGUCUGCUGACAUGAGAUCAGACGGCGAGUACACUUUGCUGGCUCCCCUCAACACUGUCUUUAAUGAUGAAGUGAUGGCCAUGGAUCAGAGGCUGCUCAAGAUUAUCCUGCAGAACCACAUCUUGAAGCAAAAGAUUGUCCUGGGACAGUUGUUUAACGGCCAGCGGCUGGAGACCAUUGGCGGAAAAUUUCUGAGGGUCUUCAUCUAUCGCACAGCUGUGUGCAUUGAGAAUUCCUGUCUGUUGAGAGGCAGUAAAGAAGGAAGCAACGGGGCCCUUCAUCUCAUGAGAACCCUGUUGAAACCGGCGGAAAAAACUAUGUUUGAGAUUCUGACAGAAAAUGGAGGUUUCAAGAUCUUUUUGUCUCUUAUGGAAAGUGCUGGCUUGACUGACCUGCUGAAACAAGAGGGAGACUUUACUCUGUUCGCACCGAGCGAUAAGGCUUUCGCUGGCAUGAGCAGCAGUGAUUUGUCCUUGUUGAAGAGUGACAUAAAUGCUCUCAGAACCAUUCUCUUGUAUCACAUCAGUAAUGGUAUCUUCAUUGGUGGAGGUCUGGAGGGUGGGGUGACAAACCUUCUCAAGUCUCUUCAAAGCAGCAACCUCAAAGUGUUGUCUGCAAACAACUCAAUGCUAGUGAAUUCUGUCCAAGUCCCUGAAUCUGAUAUCAUGGCCACAAAUGGAGUCGUUCACUUCGUCAACCAUGUUUUGUAUCCUGGAGAUAUCCCUGUUGGAAGCCAGGAUUUCCUCAUGCUAUUGAAGAGGCUCAUCACUUACAUGCAAAUCAAGUACAUUUCAGGAUUCAGAUAUCAGGAAAUUCCCCUUACAUUUAUGAAGACAAUCGUCACUCGUGUCGUCCAGCAAGUUCCUGAUGUAACCAAAGUCACGAGGGUUAUACAAGGGGAGCCCAGUGUUACCAAGGUUACCAGGGUCAUUGAGGGCCCUCAGUUCUCAUUCAGCAGUGGCACCACCAACAUCGCCCUGGAAGAAACUGACCUUUCCAACAGUGAAGGGGAUGCUGACAGACUUACCAAAAUGAUUCAAGAAGGCAGUACAAGAAGAACUUCUUCCCGGAGAGUUUUAGCUGGCAACAGGAGAAGGGUAAGGGACUGAGCAUGGAUGGAUGAGAAUAUCGACGUUGUAAAGGCAGGAGGGAGACACCAAACCCAGAUGUUGAAACUGGUGUUUACAGGGAACACUUCAAAUUUCAGUGGUUCAAAUUAUACUGUAAAAGGUAUGUUUGACAAAGAAUUAAACUAUUCUUAUAAACAAUUUAAUGGUGCUUUGAAUGUAUAUCCAUUAUGAGUAUACACUCUCUAAAAAGGGUUCAGCAUAUGUAAACAGUGUUGAAAUUAACAUUUGGGCAUGACUUUUAAAACACGGAGCAAGUCAGGGUAGCAAUAAAAUCUUUUCAAUCCAAGCCAUUAGAGUAGCUAUAAAACAUUUCAGUUCUAAACUUCUCUAUGCUUUUGCUAGAGGUGAAGGUUAAAACAAGAUUUUUUACAAGCUGUUUGGGAAUAGUUAUAAGUCUCAGCAUGAUAAAAGAUUGAAAACGAAAAUGUGUUUUCAGACUUGAACUGUUACAUUGUUUUUAAUUUCUGCGGUUGUAAGUUGUUUAAGGUUUCAUGUAUAUUUUCUCUAUGCUUGUAUCACUUGGAUUUGUAUCCAAACUGCAGAAUUGUUUCCUUUCUAUUUUUUAAACAUCUCCAAUAAAGUACAUUCUUUUAUGUGCCAAUUUGAAAAGUGCAUCUAAAGAGAUUGUAUUAUGUCAUUUUUACUUGGAAGGCUCUUAAGUAGUCAACAUUGAUUCAGAAAAGUCUAAAAUAGCAAAAGUGAAAUCUAAAUAGUAUGUCUGCAUUUUGUAUUUCCAAGUACAAGGUGUUUAAAUUAGACCAUGAUUUCAGAGUCAACCUUUUAAAUGUCCCAGUCAUUUUUUUCUGUAUGUGUAAUAGGGAGCAUGGCAGUCCACUUUUGGAAACUUCCAAGAAGACAUUGUGUAAAAUAUGAAAUAAACUGGGUUUAAUGUGCAAAAAGAA